UGCCCCUUCCCCUGCCGCACUCGCCCGCGCCCCCGCCCCGCCUCUGUCCCAGCCGAAUCCUCCUGCUCUGCGCGCGGCAGCCACCGCCUGCCCCUCCUCUCUGUCCGGUUCCAGCCCGAAGGAUUUUCCGCCGCGCAGACAAGAAUGAUGACGAGAAGCUGUCCCUGGAGGAGUUCCAGCUCUUCUUUGGAGAUGGCGUCCUCAACGAGAAGGAGCUGGAGGACCUUUUCCACGCCAUCGACUCGGACAACACCAACCACGUGGACACCAAGGAGCUGUGCGAUUACUUUGUGGACCACAUGGGCGACUAUGAGGAUGUCUUGGCCUCCCUGGAGACCUUGAACCACUCUGUCCUGAAGGCCAUGGGCUACACCAAGAAGGUAUACGAGGGCGGGAGCAACGUGGACCAGUUUGUCACCCGCUUCCUCCUGAAGGAGACGGCCAAUCAGAUCCAGUCGCUGCUCAGCUCUGUGGAGAGUGCGGUAGAGGCCAUCGAGGAGCAGACCAGCCAGAUCCGACAGAACCAUGGAAAACCCAGCCACGGCGCCGUGGAGAGCUGGUACGGAAGCCCCGCUCCUCCCUGCGCCCCGCUGGCUGUGGAGCCAGGGAAGAGCCUUCCGCCUGUCCCCAGGGACCCCAAGGAGGAGAGUCUAGAGGCCCAGGUCAGCCGGCUGGCGGAGCUGAUCGGGAGGCUGGAGCACAAGACCCUCUGGUUUGACCUGCAGCAGCGCCUCUCCGAUGACGACGAAGGCACCAACAUGCACCUGCAGCUGGUCCGGCAGGAGAUGGCCGUGUGCCCUGAGCAGCUGGGCGAGUUCCUGGGCUCCCUGCGACAGUACCUGCGGGGCACUGCCGGAGCCAGGCCCUGCUUCCACAUCGCCGCAGUGAGGCUGGCUGAUGGCUUCACCUUCGUGGUCUACGAGUUCUGGGAGACGGAGGAGGAGUGGAAGAGGCAUCUGCAGAGCCCCAUCUGCAGGGCUUUCCGACACGUCAAGGUGGACACGCUGAGCCAGCCAGAGGCACUGUCCCGGAUCUCCGUGCCAGCCGCUUGGUGCACCGUGGGCCGAGAGUAACCACCGCCCUGAGCCCUGUGGAAGAGCCCAACACCCUCCCUCCUCUCCUCAACGACGCCCUUCUUUUCUAGACACUUUGGUACACAGCUGCCUUUUCAGCAUACUUCUGUGCUUGCCCUCUGUCGGACAUGCAGGAGAACACCCUGCCUCUGCCUUCCCUGAGGGGGCACAGCAGCGUGCUCGCCGGGGUCCUGCUGAGGCCGCAGGGUGGUGACAGGGCCCACGCCCCCCGCACACAGGGCCGAGGCUCGGCGGGACGACCGACAGCCCACACCUCCCCCUGCUGCCAUUCCUCCGCCCGGUAGGAGCUGUGACCCCGUAGUGCCCAACCUUGGCCUGGACCAAGCCCACGGACAGCAGUAGAGCCCAUGUAGCCAGGGCCACGCCCAGCAGAGUGCCACCACUGGCACGGGCGCCAAAUAAACUCCGGUCAGAACCAGC